AUGGUCCCAUCCACUCCCUGGGCUGGCCCAAGUGGCGGCGCAGCCCAGCGCAGGGGAGGAGAGGGGGGCGCCCACCCACCCGGGCUGGGAUGCAGCUUUGGAGGAGGAGAAGGAGGCGGCGAGGAGGCUGCGCGCAAGACGCCGCCGCCGGCGGAGGAGGCAGCAGCAGCAGCCAGCGCAUCAGCCGGGGCAAGUGGCCGGUGCCCGCUCCCUACUGCUGGAGGAGCCAUGGAAGGCGCUUCCUUCGGAGCCGGGCGUGCCGGCGGGGCGCUGGACCCACUUGAGUUCCUCCGGCGGCCCCAGACCAUCCUCCGCCUCGUCUCGGCGAUCUUCUCCAUCAUUGUGUUCGGCUCCAUCAUUAACGAGGGUUACGUCAACAACGAGAAGUCCCCGAUCCUGAAGUGUGUCUACAACGGUCACGAAGGGGCCUGCAAUUACGGCGUCACCAUUGGACUCAUCGCCUUCUUGGCUUGCUGCCUCUUCCUGGUGGUGGACCUCUAUUUCCAGCAGAUCAGCAGCGUGAAGGACCGGAAGCGGGCCGUCCUCGUGGACCUCGGCUUCUCAGGUUUCUGGUCCUUCUUGUGGUUCGUGGCUUUCUGCUUCCUGGCUAACCAGUGGCAACAAACACCGACAAGCAAAGGCGCAACGCAAGCCGGGGACGCUGCCCGGGCAGCCAUCGCCUUCUCCUUCUUCUCCAUCCUCUCCUGGGUCGCCCUGACCAUAAAGGCCCUCCAAAGAUACCGCCUGGGGACUGACAUGUCUCUCUUUGCAACGGAUCAGUUUCCCACCGACCCCAACGCGGGGUACCCUGGAUACCCCACAGGGAGCGGCGUGGAGAGCACGGAAACCUACCAGAGCCCACCGUUCACCGAGACCCUGAACACCAGUCCGAAAGGCUACCAGGUGCCGGCGUACUAAAGGGCAGAGGCUCCCAGGAGGCCGUAUCGAAAGCAGGAAUGAACGCCCCUGACCCCUCCCAGAGAAACCAGCCGCGUCCUCUUCUGUGGUGCAGCAUAGGCCCACUGGUUGGUUGCAAAUGUAUUCAGAAGUACCAUUUCUUUCUCCCCUCCCUCAAAUGUGGCAAGUUAAACGUGCUGAGUUAAACUUACUCUUAGCUAGUUGUGCAGUGAAACUCUGUACAGUGAAUUGGUUCUCGUCUUUACCUGUCCAAGGGUAUUUUUUUAAUAUAUAUAUAUAUAAAUAUAUAAAA